AUGAAAAACCCUCUUCUCUUAACUAAUGAUGACCAAACUGAAGGGACCAAAUCACCCUUCUGCUGGUGGAGAACCCUUGAGGAAUUUGACCAAAAUGGUCAUUUCAAGAUUGAUGAACUUCCUGAGCCUCUAUCCAAGUUGAGCCCAAGGCUGAGAGUCCUCAGAGAGAUGGAGAGGUUGAGUUUUAUAGCAGGGGAAGAAGGGCUUGAUGACUUGAGGCACAAGCUACUGAGUUACAGGGCUGCCGACUUUUGGCUGCCGGUGGGUGGGGUCAAGAAAGAGGAUAUGGACGUGCCGCCGGUGAUUACGCUCCUGCUGACCGGCUUGACCGGUGCCGGCAAAAGCGCCUGCGUAAAUUUGAUGUAUAGCGUUCUCGGGAGAUCGGGCCUCAUCCCUUUUGCUCAAACAUCAGGUGGAUUUUCAAACUACACCACAAUGUAUCUGGAGGAACACAACGUGGUGAGAUCAGAUAGAAGCGGGUUCUGCGUGUACGACACGAGGGGUCUCGACGCAGCUCGAAUGGAUGAAGGAUUGGUCGAGGUCUCGAAAUGGAUGUCCCGUGGGGUCCACCACAACCAGCCGUGCCACAGGCCGGGAGAUGAUGAAUCUAAAGCGUUAGGGUCAAUAAUGCAGUUGACUGCUUCCAGUUUUGUUAAGAGGAAAGUGAACUGUGUAAUGGUAGUGGCUGAUCUAUCGCAGAUUCAUAAGGCCUUUGAAUCGGGUGAUAUGAAUUCGGUCGAGGCUGUGAGGGACCUCUUUCACUUGUCGGCAAUUAAGAACUCGAAUGAGAAUCCAAUUUUUAUUUUAACACAUGGAGACUUGUUGAGUGCUGAGGAUAGGAUCAAUGGGAGGCUAAAGGUAUGCGAGUAUCUGGGGAUACCCGAGACGAGUGGUGCAUAUGAUAUACCGUGUCUGACGGAACAGGGGAUUCUAGCCGAAGAAUCUGAUCCAACCACAGCAUUUGCACUAACAGAAGCAGUUUACAGAGCCUUAUUACAAGCUGACAGAGCCCAUUUGCCCAAGAAGAAGUUCAAGGACUGGAUAAUCUUGUUCUUCAAAUGGAUCAUGUGGUGCAUAGCUUCGUUUUUCGCCAUUCUUGCGAAUUUCUUCGCACGGUUCGGGCAUCAUCGUGACCAUAAACUGAAAAUGUGA